AUGAGGAAAGUUCAAGCUCUCUCCAAGGAUCAACAACGCCAAUAUCUUAAUCUCUACAACACCUACACAAACGGCAAUAAGUUCACCGGUAUCUUUCAGACGAAUGCUCUACCAUUUAGGGACAUUGAACAGGGAGAGGAGAUCACGAUUUGCUACGGCGAGCAAGGGGCUUUCGACGCGCGACGUGAUUUUCUAAUCGAAUCGUUCGGUUUCGAGUGCGACUGCGGUGUCUGCUCGCUUCCAGUACCGGAGAGGCAAGAGAGCGAUGCUCGCCGUAUUCGCAUCGAGCAACUUGACAAGGUCAUGGGUAACAUGGAGCACGCCGUAUCCAAACCAGUAAGCACAACCUUUCAGAUCGAAACCAGACACGAGAAUGAGUUUCCGCAUACCUUCUAUGACGUCCGCUAA